AUGUCCGGCUUCAAUGCGCUGAACAUCGAAUCUGACGACGAGUCUGAUAUCGAGAUCGACGACACGAAAGAGAUCCAAAUCGAAGAAGCUCUGAAGCUCUACCAGAUCGCCCUCAAAUACCACUCAGAAGGUCCAGAUUCUUUCGCACAGGCAUCCGAAGCAUACCAGGCACUCUUCGACUCCGACAUCUUCAAAUACCCCGAAUCGCAAGCGGAGCUUCAGCGUAUCGAACUUUACGGUGCAGCACCGGAGAUCGACGGACUAUGGGAUGAUGUGGUUUCUGGCUCCGUGACCGCUGCCACCAGUCUAGACACCGGCCCGAGCACUCUACCCCAAGUCCUGCAUCUGUCGCACAAGAACUUCGCUCAGUUCAAAUUGGAUGCACUGGAUGCCAAGCUGGACCAAUUUAAUGUCACGCUCAACCAAGUCCUGGCCGAUGCGCUUGUGGCCUUGGAUCAUUUCGUCAAAGCUCUUGACAAGGAUGACAGUGAUAUCGACCUCUGGCGACGAACGGCAUCCGUUGGCGAGAUUCUGGAUAGCAAACGAGUCGCUCGCUUCUGUCUCGAGUCUGUCCUCGACGGCGAUGAUGAUGGAUUGAAUGGUGUGCUGUCGCUUCCUGGGUUGGAGGAAGGCUUUGCAGGAGAGCAGCUACGUGAUCUGAUCGCAGCCUUGCAAGAUCAACUAUCCAUGCUGCAAGGCCCACUCUCCACCACCAAGCGUAAAGCCCUGUCAAAACUUCUCAAGCAGGGACUGCAUCCAUACGAUGGCAUGAUCUCACAUCAGGCAACCUUGCGAGCACAAGACCGGCAAAAAGCCGAAGCCAUUCAUCCAAAGCGCGCGAUCCUCAAAACGCCAGCGACUUGGGCUGAUUUGGGCGAAGAGCUACUCCGUCAUCUAAUGGCAGCGCAGCACGGCAAAUCUGUGGACUGCGUGGGUCAAGCAGUUUGCUUUGAUCUCUCCGCUACACAAUCUGGAUCGAUGAAGGUGCACGACCCAUCAAGCUCUCCUGAAGAGCAAUCGCCGCCGCCGAACCUAGUCAACAACACUGCAUUUCCAACGUCGAUAGCAGAGCAGUUCCCAGGUCUGGAUCAUGGAGUACCUACAGUGCAGCCUCAGAUCGCGUUCGCCGACCCUAGCAUGGGUCCUGCGCCCGAUCCAGCGGACGAAGACGCAGAAAUGAUCGACACAUCUGUCGUAGUUCUACCCUCGAGGAAGCGUUCUGGAGACACUGCUGGCCUUAAUGAAGGGACGGAGGAAAGUCGCUCCAAAAGGAGAACCACCCGUGGUCGAGAAUCGAACAUUAACGGCGAAGAUAGUCGCCAGGCUAUCAUCGACGCGAACGCUCGCUGGGAGUUUGAGCAACAACUGAACGAAGUCCAAGCAGCAGAUGAUUGGAUGUUUGAGACGGUGGGUAACCUCUACGAAAGGAUCGGCAUUGUCGGCUUCGGCGCCUGCAGAAAUGUCAGGCAAGACAUGCAAUUGUCAACUACAGAAUCCAGCACACCAUCGCAUGAGGCAGAGCCGUCAAUAUCAGAUUUGAGACAUGCCAGAUCUGAUCUCCAGGCGUUUCUGCAGAAGUACAACAACCAAUUGGCGAAUCUCAUCCUUCAUGGUGGGGAGAAUCUGGACAUCAGCAAAGGUUCAAGCGCCUCUUCAGCGGGAAGCAUGUUUGCGUCAGGGGGCACAUCUAAGAGCAUUGCCAAACUUCCAACAUGUCCCGAUGAUGGUCUUGCAGAGCUGCUGCAGUCGGUCAAUUCGGGCUGGCUGUUGGUCGAAGACGUGGCUUGGCUGUUCAUCCAGGCGAUGUUGCGACCCGGGCUCUCUGUUCAGGGCAACACUUACACUGAAUUCCUCUGGCCCGAGCAUCUGAAGACCAUGAUCGUCCGGACUCUUGUCAACUUCGAUCGCAGUAUCUUUCGUCUAGCGUGCUCCGAACUGGAGGCUCAGGACGAGGCACAACUUAGUCCCGCGAUACUUUCCCUUGCGGAAGUAAUCCAGACAAUCUUCGAGCUGCAUCUCGACAUCUACUGCUUGAUCAAGCAGCCCAAUAGUGGGGUCGAUGAAGAUACCGUCAUAGAGCAAGGAGACCGCUUGCAACGUUGGUCUGAGCUUGCGCGAGAGGUCGUACAGCUGAAUGCCACUAUCGAGGGUUCUGGUCGACUGGAGUCGACACUCAACCUGCGGUUCCUCUGGGCGACCACCUUCAAUAUCGGCGCAUCCUCGGAAGUCUCCCAGGAUCAUGUUAUUGAAUGUAUGCGCGACCUGCGCUCCGUACUUGUGGCAUCCGGACAGCCAGCUAUUUACCUGCAGAACAAUGCGAUCAUGCCUGAGCUGUCAACAUCAGCUCUAGACCGGGAGGUUUCGAAAUUGACGACCAGAGAUUUCUUUCUGAAGGUCACGGAUCAGGACCUCGGUGAUCCCGCUGCUGUCAUUGAGAACCUCGAACCCCUGCUUGAGUCGCUUGAUCCUGCUAUCGCUCUCAAUCCUCUCGUGGCCGACGAUUCAUCAGAGUCGGCAUCGGCGACACUUUCGCAUGUCUCGCCGGAAUUGAUCAAAUUUCUGGAAAGCAGCCACAUUUCCAUCAGGCUUCUCCUAUGGCAGCGCCUUCGUGAUGCAUACUAUGCCAUCGAGUACACCCCCAUGGUGGUGUAUUGCUACUUUCGCAUGAUACGCAUGAUCCUAGGCGAGCUCAAGAGAUUUGAGGUCGUCGAUGCGGAGAGCAGCGAGCGCCAGGUCACGGUUCUGAAGUCGUUCCGCCUUCUUCUGGACAUGGUCAAGAAGUUGUACGAGUUGAUCAACACUUCUGAGAACCCGCUAGAGUGUAUUGAUGAGUCGGGAUUGAGACUAGCGGUGGACAGCUUCGGCGAGAUUCUGCAACUCAUCCAAGUCUUCAAUGUGACCGAGGACGUGAUUCGCGUCGGGCAAGCACAGCCACCGACCCUCGCCAAUGGUAACGCCGCAAGCUCCUUCACCGCGGUCAGUAAGCUGAUGCACGAGGCGCAAGUCCAAAUGUGGAUCAUGCUUUACGCGCUCUUCAAGGAAGCCAUCUCCCAGAAUGCCGAGCUGUUUCCCACUCCUCUGGAAGAUCGGUUCGAUUUCCUCCGGACAGUACAUCGCAACCUAGGGAUCCGAACUAUCUGUGGCAGUUUGAACCGUGCCUUUGUUCGACUGCUCAAAGAAGAGUUCCUGCACAUGAGUCACAUCGAUGGCUACGACAGCGAGCAGGCGCAGACGCUGUACGAUCUCUACGGUUUGAACUGCUUCUUGAACCCUUCCUAUGAGCUCAUCGAGCACGGCUGCACGAAAGAUGCCAUCCUCGACCGCGGAUCAGCAAUGCAGGCUACCGACCUGUUACUCGCGCAAUCUUCCAAGCUAGCAAUGAAGGAUCUGGUGAAGCACACUCUGAAGGACACGAUCGAGAAGGUGCAUGGUGCACUACCCAAGAAGAAGCCCACGGACGCGAUUCUGCGUAACCGAGAUGUCUACCGUACCUAUCUUCGAUCGCCCCUCAAUCCUCUCGACAUUUACAACUGUCUGAAGGGUGAAGGCAAUCAUAUCAUGGCAACGUCAGUUGCGAGAGAGGACGCACCGCUUGCUUCGAAGGGAUGGUACUUCCUGAUGGGCCAGAUAUCGCUCACGAGGUUUCGUUCACAGAAGAGGACUGCCGCGGUACCGACCGAAGAUGUCGACAUCGCCAUUGCAUUCUUUACGCAAGAUCUUGAGUUUGCUAUGGAGCAUUGGGAGACUUGGUUCAGACUGGCCCAGGCUUACGACACCAAGAUCGAAGAGAGUGUCGUCUGGUCGGCCGAGAAGCUCAACACGCAGAUGCCUGACAUCAUUGUGCUUCAAAGAAAUGCGAUUCACUGCUACACGAUGGCCACUGCGUUAGCUCAACGGUCCGCAGACUUUGGAUUCGAGACUUCUGCCAAGAUGACUGAGCUCUACACUGACUUCGCAACACGUCUCUACAGCUCGUCACGAGAGCCAUUCUCCAUGCAAGCAUUUGCUCUCGAGGAUAUUGACAGAUUUGUGUCAAACGAACGUGGUGUCAUCAAAGAGCCGGCAUUCCAGCCGCUGCGGGUGUACACGGCGUGGAAAUUGGCCAGUGUGCUUUUCGGUAGAGCACUCGCCGGCAAACCUGAUAAUUGGAUGCUGCACUAUAUGAUCGGGAAGUGCCUCUGGAAAAUGCACUCCGCGACAGAGUCCGUCAGGCGCCACGACAUUCCUCCGCCUGCGGUCCGCGUGCUGGAAUCUUUCGUGCGUGCGCUUGAACUGCUACCGGACAAGGACAAGAAGGAAUCUCGUGACAGCAAGCGAGAGCCUGUUCUCGAACCCCAUUACAAGCUCGUGACUAUCGUGCACAAGCUGGUCCUUCGAGGUAGCAUAGAUCUGGCUCAGGCUAAAGAAGCGCUCGAUCAUACUCAUCAUGCACGCAAGGAGACAUUCCCGGACAACACGGACGGCUGGCCUGCAUUCAUGGUCGCUGUGCUCAAGAACCUUCGCACUGCGGACAAAUCGAAUUGGUACCACCGAAUGAUUGCUCGCGCCGCACAGAUCGUAUACAGUAUGCCUAGUGCUGAAGUUGCUGGAGCGGGUCGAAACUGGGGGGCAUCUGGUGCGAAGAACGAACUCACACAGCAAAUGUUUACCAAGACCAUGAACUUGCAAGUCUGGCGGCCCGAGAGCGAACGAGCAGGUCGUCACUUCGUCUAUACUGCCCGAUAUACUCGCUUUUUCGUGCAGAUUUUGAAAGAGCUCGGUGACCGGGCCAGCCUUGAGACCUUGGCUAGACGUGUGCGCAAACGCCUUCACGACAUCUUUGAGCACAGUCUCGUGUGGCAAGAUAUCUGCAAUGCAUACCUGGCACUACUGCGUGCUUAUGCCGAGCUCCCCGAAGGCCUAGAGACCUCUACCUUCAGUAACAUCGCCCACGAAGACUUCCUCGCCCGCAAACCAUGUCUGGAGAAAUGGAUGCAGAGCCAGGAUCAGGGCGCGAGCCGCGCUUUGGACGUGCUGCGUGAAGUGCAGGAAUUGAAGAAGAUCAAUCAGUCCUUGAUGAAACCUGGCGCCAUCGACGAUCUCAUCGGCGACUCGUACGCUCACCUCUUCAACACCAUCGGGAAGACCCUCUGGGACGAGGAACGCAGAGUUCAGCAGGAGCAGGAGGAGGAAGCGAGACGACAGCCUCCGCCUGUCGUUAGUCCACCUAGGAACCCGAUGAUGAGCCUGCACCAUCUCAUGAACAUCGAUGGCGCGUCCGAAGCCCCCACGCGGCCAGACCCAGCAGUCUCCACCACCACACCGCAGCCCACAGAGCCCGCUCCCUCUCGACGUAAGACUGGCGUUGGUCGACGGGAGAUCCGCACGUGCGCUGAAGCUGGCUUCCAAAAGUCUACCGCAUCUGGUGGCGCCACC